AUGCAUGGCUUUCCCCCUGCCGAAUACAGCAUGCACGAGCAAUUCCAGGAGUACAGAUCAAAGAAGCUGAAGGGACUCGAGUCUUACCUGAGCGUUAUGUGCCUCGUCUGGAGAUACAGAUUAGUCGUUUCCAUCGUUCUGCUUGUUGUGCUCUGUCAUGUUUAUGCAUCAGACGCACAACCAAUUGGAAAAGUUUAUCCGCGCGGAAAUCACUGGGCUGUUGGGCACUUAAUGGGCAAGAAAAGCACAGAUGAGCAGGUCAGACCUGAGGAUCUAGAAGGCGGCGAUGAGACCUCUAUGAUGACUCGAGAUCAGGAUCAGCAGCUGGAAAGAUACAACAAACAUCUGCUGCUGCCACUCCUGCAUGCGCUCAUGAGAGGACGGAUGGCACCGCAGAGCAUGCUGGAGGGCACAGAGGAGAGCGGUGCUCAUAAACUGCUCCAGCGCAUGCUGGAAGAGAGACGUCAGUGGGAGGAAGGUCAUGAGAGAGACAGACAAGUCAAAUUGGCUGAGGACGUCUUGUUCCGGGCUUUAUUAAUGCAGGAUGACAACGAAAGCUGAGGACCAACUGGACAAAAGACUGCGGUUUGAAGUUCACUUGACAACUGACUUGAUCGAAUACAAACCUCUUUAUUCAGCAACAUAUAAAUAAGCAUGAUGUUAUAUUUUUGUAUGCCAAUAUCUCUACAAAGAAACACACAUAAACUGAGUGUCAUCAUUCUGUAUAUUUUAUGGUAUUGUUUUAUAAAUGAAUUCAUCUUCUUGAUAACUGACACCAUAGUAACCAUUGUAUUCACAGUUCAGUUGAUUAAUAUUUAAUAAACUUUAACUUGUU